CUUCUGACGUCUUCAGCGGUGAUAGUCGCUUUUGCUCUCGCGAUAUUUCGGGGGCCACUGGAGUCCGGGCGAGCCGGGCUGCUGUGAAACAUGGCGGUAGGCUGGGAACGUAACACCAGCAUGACUAUAUGAAGGAAGAGGAAGGUUUUCCUGAAGAUGAGGCGGCUGAAUCGGAAAAAAACUUUAAAUUUGGUGAAGGAGUUGGAUGCCUUUCCAAAGGUUCCUGACAGCUAUGUGGAGACUUCAGCCAGUGGGGGUACAGUUUCUCUUAUAGCAUUUACUACUAUGGCUUUAUUAACCAUAAUGGAAUUCUCAGUAUAUCAAGAUACAUGGAUGAAAUAUGAAUAUGAAGUAGACAAAGAUUUUUCUAGCAAAUUGAGAAUCAAUAUAGAUAUUACUGUUGCCAUGAAGUGUCAGUAUGUUGGAGCAGAUGUAUUGGAUUUAGCAGAAACAAUGGUUGCAUCUGCAGACGGUCUAGUUUAUGAACCAGCAAUAUUUGAUCUUUCACCACAACAAAAAGAGUGGCAGAGGAUGCUGCAGCUAAUUCAGAGUAGGUUGCAAGAAGAGCAUUCACUUCAAGAUGUUAUAUUUAAAAGUGCUUUUAAAAGUGUGUCAACAGCACUUCCACCAAGGGAAGAUGAUGUAUCACGGUCUCCAGAUGCUUGCCGAAUUCAUGGUCAUCUGUAUGUCAAUAAAGUUGCAGGGAAUUUUCACAUAACUGUGGGCAAGGCAAUUCCACAUCCUCGAGGUCAUGCACAUUUGGCAGCACUUGUUAAUCAUGACUCUUACAACUUUUCUCACAGAAUAGAUCAUUUGUCUUUUGGAGAGCUUGUUCCAGCAAUCAUUAAUCCUUUAGAUGGAACUGAAAAAAUUGCUGUAGAUCAUAACCAGAUGUUCCAAUACUUUAUUACAGUUGUGCCAACUAAACUACAUACAUAUAAGAUUUCAGCAGACACCCAUCAAUUUUCUGUAACAGAAAGGGAACGUAUCAUUAACCAUGCUGCAGGCAGCCAUGGAGUCUCUGGGAUAUUUAUGAAAUAUGAUCUCAGUUCUCUUAUGGUGACAGUUACUGAGGAGCAUAUGCCAUUCUGGCAGUUUUUUGUAAGACUCUGUGGUAUUGUUGGAGGAAUCUUUUCAACAACAGGCAUGUUACAUGGAAUUGGAAAAUUUAUAGUCGAAAUAAUUUGCUGUCGUUUCAGACUUGGAUCCUAUAAACCCGUCAAUUCUGUCCCAUUUGAGGAUGGCCACACAGACAACCACUUACCUCUUUUAGAAAAUAAUACACAUUAGCACCUUCUGAGUGAAGGAGAAAAACUUUUUGCCUGAGACAUAAAACCUUUUUUAAUAAUAAAAUAUUGUGCAAUAUAUUCAAAGAAAAGAAAAUAUGAAUGAGAAGCAGGAAACACACUUAUUUAAAAAAAGAGGAAAAAGGAGGAAAAAAAACCCCAAACUGCAAUUCUAUAUAUGUUGUGUCUGUUACAAAUGUUGUAGAAGAAAUUAUGCAGCUAAUCAGUGAAUAAGCCCAACGGGAGUAUUGCUUUGAAGACAACUCCUUCUGAUACUUUCACAGCAAAUGGGCAGUAUUGAAAUCAGACCUUGCUUCUUGGUGACAAAAAGCCUGAAGAAAAGAAGUGAAACUUCAUCUAAAGAAAAAGGCAUUGAUAAGUGCAAAUGUUUGCGUCCUUUUGUUUUUAAAAGAUGAUGUCAGAAUAAAAUACAUAAAACAUAUGGAAAACUAGUCUAGACUUUAAAAAAUUGUGAUCAGGUUAUAUUGUUAAUAAAGAAAAACAGGGACUAAUCUCUAUGUUAUAGCCAUAUUAAUGUUAAGCCAUAUUACAAGACCACUUAUUCUAGUAAUUUGGUCUUAUGAAGGUAACUGCUUUCCUUUGAACUCUGGUUAUUGAUUUCUCUAACUGUUCAAGAUAGAGUCUUAGAUGACAGGUGAAUUCUCACAGGGGCAGAUACAUAGGUGCUGUGAUUUGUAACUGAGGUAUCAAUCACAAAUUGUAUAGUGGAGACUUAAAACUUAUACAGGGAAAAGAAAGCACAUUUUUAAAAAAGAUGUUAAAUUUCAUAAUCUGAUCAUUAUGUUAUUGGUAUAUUUGGUGGGGCACAGGGUGAGUAAUAGGAAGAUCCAUUACUCAUGAUGAAAAUGAUCAGUUUGUAAAAUAGUGAGAGGAAAAGUAGAAUAUUUUAUACAUGUGGUGAGUGGGGAACAGGGUAAAUUUAAAUACAAUAACAGUGUGAGGCAAAUUUUACGUACAAUAGAUAAUGUCAGAUCUGAGAGGUGCUGUAUUAAACAGUGUCCGUUAAACUGUACACCUGGAUUAUGAAAGAAGUAUUUGCAUUCAGGAUGUCCUGAAUAUGAUUGAUUUUGUAAUUAGAUUUAGUUGUUCUAACUUUUUGACUAUUUAAGGGAUGGUUUUAAAUUUCUAGAAUAUAGAAGAUUAAAAAUAAUGAGAGGGAGCUGUCACUCAGGUGCCAUUAAAAACUAUAUUUGGACUAUGUAUGCCAA